CUUAAAAAAAAAAAAAAAAAAAAAAAAAAAAAACACAAAAAACAGAGAAGGCAAAAAAGAAAACGGACUUAGAUCAGCUAAGCUGAGGGCCAUCUGCCAGGUCCUUUUUUUGCCCAGCCAUGCACAUUGUUUAUAACUGCUUCGAGUGGCCUCAGAUGUGCUUUGCCCCGCUCUCCUCCCCCCCCCCCUUUCUCGUCCCUCGCCCUUCCCCCUGCCCCUCCUAGCCGUCAGACUGAGUUGCCAGACUCCCAUCCGUCCCUCGUCCGUUUGAUUUCGUCCUAUAUUGAGCAAUUAGAUGCGUACGAAUUGUAGGAUGAUGAUGGUGGUCCCGACCCUGCGUCAGGUGCUUGUGCUUUCCCCUGUUCUCGCUGCUCUAUUCUGUGUGAUGACUUACAUAAACUUCCCCCCCCUUUUGCAAGGCCGACGAGUGACCGUCUGGAGCAAUGGCGAGGUGACGCUGCAGUGCACGGAAGCCUCCGGCGAGCCGUGCUCUGAGGAAGAACUGCUGAGGGGACCCUCUAGGGAAACCAUAGAGGGUCGUAACUUAUCCACAGCAGAUGUCUUCCUUCUUCGUCAAGCUGCAUCCUUCUGCUCUCUCUCACCUGCUCAGGAGAAGGAUCUCGAGGACAAGAUGGCUUUUGAAGGUGGCCCUCAGGUUGCCUACACUUCUCGUCCUAAUCAUCACGACAUGAGGUAUAAACUCCAACAAGGAGAAACAGGAGGAGAAGGAGGAGGUCCAGCGAGAGGUAGACGUCCUCGGCGAGUGGCGUUUCUAUUUUUAACUCGAGGCCCGUUGCCCUUGGCACCCCUCUGGGACCUGUUCUUCAGAGGUAAUGAACAGUUGUACUCUGUCGUGGUACAUACGUCUCCCGGUUUUGAGUUCGAAGAUACCAUGCCUGAGCCCUUCCUGGCGAAUGUGAUCAGGAGUGAGGAGGUGGCGUGGGGCACUCCGAGGAUGAUUGAUGCCGAGAGAAGGCUUCUCGCUUUCGCUCUGUUGAAUCCGCUUAACCAGAGGUUCGUACUCGUGUCAGAGACCUGCCUUCCCCUGCACAACUUCACCUUCAUUUACGAAUAUCUAAUGGCCUGCCCGUCGAGUUUCAUUCAAAGUCAACCGCCCUCCCCUCCCUCCGAUUACUUCCUGAGUUAUCGGUGGCCGGCGAGGUACAUUCCCAUGAUGAUGCCGGAGGUUAGGGCCUCGCAAUGGAGGAAAGGGUCCCAGUGGUUUGCUCUAAACAGGAGGCACGCAGCUAUGGCGGUUAACGACACUGUGUAUUAUCCCAAGUUUGAGAGAUGGUGCCGGGGGGACAAGUGGCAUGGCCAUUGUUUGUCUGACGAGCAUUACCUGCAGACUCUGCUGCAUAUCUUGGACCCUGACGGACUGGAAAGAAGGACGCUGACCUUCACCGACUGGUCAUCCGAGGACUGGGGGCAUCCCAAGACCUUUACGGCGGAGCUGAUCACCGACCAGUUCAUUCAGGAGAUAAGGUCAGUUAGAAACUGUAAGUGGAACGACCGACGAGACAAAGAGUGCUACCUGUUCCUACGGAAGAUAGACGCGGAGGCUAUUCAGCAGAUGGAGAAAGUGGGCAGGCGGUUUGGGAUAUGGAGGUGAUUUGGGUGACAGCCAUGGAGUCACAUGUAUAUAUGCGUGUAUGUUGUCAUGGCAUUUUCACACGACAUACGGAAUGA